ACUUUGACAGAAGCUGCCAGGACCUUUUUGCUGUGUUGAAAACACAAAAAAACUCUUUGGAAAAGUUUGUUGCGAUGCUUAGUGCGCUAUUAAAGUAGGAAUUUUUAGUGUGAUAAUCUGCGAGUGGAAUUGUAAAACGUUGUUUUUAAUGUAGUAACCAUGAUCUCGAACGCUUUGUGCGAUCUGGAGAAAUGUGUGUACACGGCCGGAGUCCAGCUCGAUUCACUGGCCGUGAAACUGACGGAUGUGGAGCGCAAUCUGGACGAAAACGAGCUAGAAUCGAUCGAAAAUGAGUCAGUGAUGGAGUUGCUAGAGUCCGUGACGGAGGUCAAGAACGAGUACCAGAACCUGCGCAAAGAUUUGCAGGAGGUGCAGCAGCUGCAGAAGGAAAUGACCAACUCGCUGCGCUACCAGUUGCGAAACAUGACGCAAACGUUCCGGGGGCUGAAGAAGAAAAUUGAAUCCAACUCCAUACCGGUGCACCUUGUGCCACCACCGGCCGGCUCGUCUUCCCGCAAUGCAGGGCACGAAACGCGUGACACCCAACAUCACCCGCACCCGCCGCAUCUGCUGCCCCAACCAGACCUUACCGUGCACGAUCACGGACCGAGGCGUGCCGCGGGCAUGCUGAAGAGUGGCAAACGCACGCUCGUGCGGACCUUGCGUGCACUCUAUGGACAAUUUGUACCUGACUUGGUUUGGACCGUAUUUUACCUAACACAUUGGAGAACGUUGCGCGUUAACUACUGCAAACUGUAGCAGGAAUCGGAGGGGGAGGGGGGACAUCCUUGAAUAUUACCCAACGGGGAAGGAAUUGAUCAGAGGAAGCAAAAUUCAUACUCAAGCAUGCACAGCACGAAGAUACGCUGCAUCCUACAUCUUAGCAUCGGUACUCGGUUCGUAUAAAUCCAGUAAUAUGUGGUACGCUAAUUGAUGGUGUAGCAGCUAAAGGAAAUUAAAAAAAAGACUGUAGUUAUAAAGCUAACAUGUUUAGCUACCGGCACUUGAAUGUUAAGAUUUUACUAGUAAAAUUGAGUAGCACAAUAUAUCCAUUUAUUACUACACAAAUACAACUCCCACUUACACAAAUAGCCACCCAAAUCUAUAUACUGCAAACUUGAAAACAAUUAUCGAACGCGAUUUGAUUACAACUAAUAAACAGAUUCGAUAUUUCUGAAACUUGAAAUCCCAUAUGACGCUCACUGGACGAUUGCUAGUGUUCUUGUUGAAAUUCAAUGAAACUCUAGGAUUUACUGAUACGCGCGUUAUUUCAAAUGUUAAUGUUUCCGCUGAUAAAACACGUAUCUUACAGUACGGAUAUACUUUCCUCUCACGAUCGACACUGAUGAUUUUAUGAUUUCCAUUUCCAAAUCUGAUAAUAAAUGUUGCAAUUGUCAA